CGAGCACAUUUUGCAUUCCGUAUGAAACCGCUACUGACAGCAUGGAGACGGACGCAGAAGCUCCUCUUGGCUCCAUCGAGAACCCAAUCAAGGUUAAAGAUCAGGACUUCGAGAUGCUCCAGAAAGAGUGCCUAAAGUCUGGCAUUCUGUUUUCUGACCCGACCUUCGAAGCAGAGCAAAAAUCCAUCGGUUUCCCUGAAGACCCAGAUCCCAAAAAGGCGAUUUCCUGGUUACGACCCAAGGACAUCUGUGAGAAUGCUGUGUUUGUUGAAGGCACGACUGGAACCACCGAUAUCUGCCAGGGCCAGCUGGUGCUGGCGGCGUUGUCGUGCCUGACCAUGCACCCAAAACUCUUUGUGAAGGUGGUGCCGCCCAACCAAAGCCUGUCUGAGCCUUAUGGAGGGAUCUUCCAUUUCAGAUUCUGGCAGUAUGGCGAGUGGGUGGAAGUGGUUGUGGAUGACAGACUGCCAGUGCACGAAGGCCGUCUGCUGUUCAGCUACUCUCACACUCGACAUGAGUACUGGAGCGCCCUGGUGGAGAAGGCCUACGCCAAGCUAAUUGGAAGCUACUCCAGCCUGAAGGGGGGGAGCAUUUCGGAGGGAAUGGAGGAUUUUACAGGGGGCAUAGCAUACUCGCUAGCCGUCUCGUCUCAGACCCCACGGGUCCUCUGGAGGUGUCUGAUGGCCGCCCUGUCCCGUGGCAGUCUGCUCAGCUGCUUUAUCCAGGCUACCAGCUACUUGGAUAUUGGUAAAGUGAUGGGAAACGGGCUGUUAAGGGGCCACGCCUAUGCCAUCACUGACUCUGACAAGGUGAAGAAAGGAUCUGAGGAGGUCUUGGUGCUGAGGCUGAGGAACCCCUGGGAUUUUGUUGAAUACCGCAGACCUUGGAGUGACGCAAGUAAAGAGUGGGAUGUGGACAAAGGGGAGAAGGAAAGGAUUGACCUGAAAAAGACAGAAGAUGGAGAGUUCUGGAUCAGCGCAGACGACUUCAGCAGUCUGUUCAAAAUCGUGGAGGUGUGCAGUAUGAAUCCAGACCUCCUGGUCGACAACAACUUGACUGACUCUCCUUCCUCAAGAUCUGCAUGGACCAUCAGCGAGCAUGAAGGAGUCUGGUUAAUGGGCAGCUCCUCUGGUGGCAGCCGAAGAUACCACCGAUCAUUCUGGAAGAACCCCCAGUUUGAGCUGGUCCUCACAGAGCGGGACCAACCGGAGGAGGAAGAUGAGGAUGAUGAUGACGAUGAAGAAGAAGAUGAUGAGGAGGAGAAGGAGGCUGCAAUGACUGCAGAGGAGAAGAAGAAAGCAGAGAAGCAGAAGAGGAAAGCCAAGCAGUGCACAGUGCUGGUGGAGCUGAUGCAGAAAGAUUGCAGGCAGAAGAGUAAAGUCAACUUCCUCUACAUAGCUUUUCACAUCUACACGGUCCCACCUGAGUUCCAGGGGACAUGUCUAACCUGCGACUUCUUCACCAAAAAUAGCCCUGUGGGUCGUUCUAGGAAAUAUAAAGCUCAGAGGAGCAUGUGGAGGAAGGUGCAUUUGGAUCCAGGUAACUAUGUCCUCGUGGUCUCCACCUAUCGACCCAACCAGCCCGGAGAGUUCUUUGUCCGCAUCUUCGCCAAGACUGGAAACACUCUGGGGACUCAGGAGUUCACCUGCUCCUGUGGUUUUCUCACAAUUAUGUCGGCACCCGACCUUCCAGAGGAUAAAAUGAGAGUUCAGAAGGUUUUUGAAGAGGAGGCCGGUCCAGAUGACAGGCUGAAUGCUAAGUCGCUCAUGAAGCUGUUGACAUCAGUUAUGGACAAAGAUUACCACCUGCCACUGGAGAUAUGCAGGCAGCUCAUUUUUGCAGAAGAUACCAAAGGAUGAGCUACGCUGAGCCGUGAACAGACAGAAACCCAGCUGACCCGUCUGCGCAUGCUGCAGUCGCUUUUCUUCCAGUUUGAUGAGGACUCUUCAGGGACCAUGAGUCCCUUUGAGCUCAGUGCAGCUCUGCAGGCUGCUGGAUUUCAAUGUGACGAAAAGAUAAUCCAGCUGCUGACAGAGAGGUUUGCAUCUGGAGAGCGUCAGCUGUCCUUCUCCAGCUUUGUUGCUUGUGUCACCAGGCUGAACACACUUUUUGCGCUGUAUAAAUCAGAGGCCAGUCAAGAGGUGAAAGACCGAGGGAUCAAUUCUUGGCUGCUUCAGUUCCUGAAGGUGUGAUCAAACUCUCUUCGCAGGCUCAGCAGAACCAUCAGUGUCUGUUCUCGACCCGCAGCUUGUUGUUGGUUCCUUAGACACACAUGUAAUCAUGUCAAACUGCAUCUUACUACAAAGAAACCACAGUGGGUGUGUCCGGUCGUGCUUUUUAACCAAUUUAUUCUUAUUCAUUUACAGCUUCGGUGUUAUAUUAUUCAGCAAAUGUGUGACAACCAUCAUUUGAACAUUUGUAAUACAAUUAGCCUGCGAAAAUUUAAAUAAACUUCUCAUUUAGA